AUGACAUUUUCAAGGAAAGAUGCCAAGCACCCAAAUUGUGAGGGGAUAACUUGUUUGGUUAAGCGAAGUUCUAUGACCUAUACCUUCGAGGAGAAGCAGGAAUUCGAGGAAUUCAUGAGGACAAGAGGAAAUAAAAUAAAAGAAAUCAGAAAGGAAGGACAGAAGAAUAAGCAGACAGAAGAGAAGAAGGGAAAGGAUAAUAAGGAAAAAGAGAAGGAGUGUAAAGGAAAGGAAAACAAAGGGAAGAAUGAAGAAAGGAAAAAGGAAGAUACAGCAGGGAAGAUGGAGGACACCACUGUGAGGAAAGUGACCAAACCACUAAAACCAUAUAACAGAAAGAGGAAAGUGGAAGACAACAAGGGAGAGCAGGCGGGUGUAGUAGUUAAGAAACCUAUGGUGGAGAGAGUGAUUAAAGACUUGGAACUGUCCAGUGUAAGUUCGGAAUCAUCUGAUUUGAGCAAGAAGGUGAACUCAGUAAAGGCCCCAGCAGAAUAUUGUAUAAGUGUAUAUUCAGAGUAUAUGGUGGAGAGCGUAGAGAAUGAUGUUACAUACAAACCUACUCCCAAGAUUACAGAAACAGAAACAACGAAACCUACCAUGGCAGAAAAGGAGGGAAAGAAAAACAAGAUGGCACAAAAGGAGGUAGUGAAACCUAAGAUGGUACAAAAGCAAGAAAUGCAAGCUAAGAUGGUGGAAAAGGAAGGGAAGUUAACAGAAGUAAGCAAAUCUAAGCUAGUCAUGGACCCCUCAAAGGUAAAGGUGGACGCGUUGGCAGAAAGGCAGAGGAAGAGAAUCAUUAUCAAUGUUGGAGGAUCCAAGUUCGAAACCUCUUCAGUAACUUUAUCACAGGAUCCCUCCUCAUUGUUAGCCAGGAUGGUGAAUAGGGAUUCGGGCAUGAGGCCAUACGACGUGCGCUACGUAUACACCUACUUUGUUGAUAAGGACAGUAAACAUUUCAGCAAAAUACUCAAUUAUAUACGUUGUGGAUCCGGAGCACACAGCUCGUUUCAGAAGGUUUUACCAAGUGACCACGUUGAGUUGAAUGAACUGUUGAUGGAGGCCACAUACUAUGAGUUGGAUGGGUUGGAGCAGCUAAUUUUGGCGCGUUUGUAA